GAGACAAAGAGAUUAGCUAAAUUCUCUUGUUGGGAGGAAUAGUAUAUUUACACAAUUAUUUUUCAAUUUGAAAUACAAAUCUUCAACCUACAAACGUUAUGAUGGUUUGCAAAUUGAAUUUGAUUAUUAUGCUUUAUAAAUUGAAUAGUUCUUGAAUUUUAUUUUAUUAUUUCACUUUUUUAGUACUAAGAAUAAAAAUUAUAAUAAACACCAAAAUCAAGCAUGGCCUCUUUGAUCAUAAAGUAUCCAUUAGUUAAUACAUCAUCAACUCAUGCAUCCUUAUCUUGUGUAUCUUCUGCUGCGCGUUUGAUUUUCCUUGCUCAACCCUUUUUCAAAAACUCAAUCUGCAAACGGAAUUACCAUUCUUGUCAACCCUUGAUCGUUUCUAGUCGACGAACAAUCUCCAUGAAAACUGCGUCUUCAUCUGAUUCACAACAUAAAUGUUAUGCGUCUGCUUCUUUCCAGGGUUCAGAGUCAUUUUUCAGAAGCGUGCUGCAAAGUAUGGAGACUGUUUAUUUGAAUAGGAACCCAACUGCCAAAAGAGUGUUGGAGCUUGUUCAUUCAGCAGGAAAUGAUAGGAUUAUUUAUGAUCAUUUUGCCUUUCGAACUUUUGGGGUGAAUGGUCAUGGCAUUGAUUCAAUGGCUGAGAUCUUUCUUGACUUUGGUUACAUUCAAAAAGAUGAACUCAGGUUUCCUGCUAAGAAAUUGAAGGCAUAUUGGUUCUCUCCUCCUGCUGUUUCCUGUGAAGAUGGCAGUGGCGUAAAUGGACCUUUGCCAAGGAUCUUUAUUUCAGAGCUUCUUGUUGACCAAAUGAGUCCUGAAGCUCAGGAAAUAAUAAAAAAAUAUACUGGAAUGUCUGGAAAGGGAAACAAAUAUGCAGCUCUUGCCAGUGCGCAAGGGUCAUUGACAUGGCAGAAACCCUCGCUUUCAGAAUUUCAACGAUUAGCACGAGAAAGUGAAUAUGCUGCAUGGACCCUUGUUAAUGGGUAUGCUCUGAAUCACGUCACCAUUUCGACUCACUGGCUGAACUCUCACUUAAAAAAUAUUAACCACCUUAACCAGUUCAUUGAGGAUAAUGGAUUCAACUUAAAUUCUGAAGGAGGAGCUUUGAAAGUAAGCCCAGAUGGUUUAUUGCUGCAAAGUUCAACUGUAGCAGAUUCAAUGCCGUUCCGAUUUGCCGAUGGAGAGAUAGAAUCGGUUCCAUGUUCAUACAUAGAGUUUGCUGAAAGGCUUGUACUUGCACAAUACAAAACUUUACCCGAUAAAGAGGUAAAGGAAUUUCAUCGACGUGAUGGGUUUGAGGUUGGAAAUGCCGACAAGAUAUUUGAGAGCACCUCUAUGGAGCAACUUAAACAAAGAGCUACAUAGAAAAUUGUUGAUCUCCAUCCCGUUCAUGUAAAUAAUCUUCGGCAGUGAGGCUGUUUUAUGGUAUAUAGAUAAAAUUUAGAAAAAAAAAAAAAAUCCGUUGAAACUGCUUUUGGAUGAUGAAAUAGACUUGAUAUGGGUUUAUUGUCGCAAUUUGCUCAUUCGAUCA